UCGGAAGGAGAUGACGAUGUAAGUGAGCGCCGGCGUCGCGGCAGCGGCUCCAUAGGAAGCUCGGCGGCCGUGGCCGCUGUGAGCAGGCCGGACGCCGCCUGGCCAACGGGACUUACCCUAAAGCUGGCGAAGGCGGGGCCGCAGUCCAAGCUGCCGCAGUAUCUGGACCCACAGUCGGGCAGGUGCCGGCAGCGAGGGACGUAGCUGCUUCCAGGUCUCAUUAUGCAUCAGAAAAAUGAAAAAACAGAAGAAAAGUCUAUGGAGGAAAAGAAUCCACUUAGCCUUUUCUGAGAAAUGGAAUACUGGGUUUGGAGGCUUUAAGAAGUUCUACUUUCACCAACACUUGUGCAUUCUGAAAGCUAAGUUGCGAAGGCCAGUUACUUGGAGCAGGCAGUUGAGGCAUUUCCAGUGCAGAAAGAGGGCCCUUCAAAACCAGAAAACGUGGAACCAGGAUGAACCCCUUAUUGCUAAGGCAAAGUCCAGUGUGGCUGCUCAGAAUCUUAGUACUUUGUCCUCUAAAGUGAAGAGAAAAGACACUAAACACUUCAUUUCCUCCUCAAGGACACUCCUGAAAUUUCAAGCAGAGAAGUUGCUGUCAUCAGCAAAGAAUUCUGACCAUGAAUACUGCGGAGAGAAAAAUCUCUUGAAGGCAGUUGCUGACUUACCAGCAAAUUGUGUGUUAAGUCAGGCCAAUGGUCACAGACCUAGGACGGAGUCACAGGCUUCUGACUUUCCUAUGAAGUUCAAUGGGGAGAGCCAAAGUCCAGGUGAGAGCGGCACAGUUGUGGUCACCUUGAGCAACCAUAAGAGAAAGCGCUUUUGUUACGGCUGCUGCCAAGGGCUGGAGCGCCACAGGAAUGGGGGACCCCUGAUUCCAAAAAAUUUCCAACUUAAGCAACAUAGAAGAAUAAAAGUAUCUCUUCAUAUGAUGUAUGAGAAAUUAUCGAUGAUUAGAUUUCGGUACAGGAUUCUCAGAUCCCAGCACUUCAGAACAAAAAGCAAAGUUUGCAAGCUAAAAAAAGCCCAGCGAAGCUGGGUGCAGGUCACUGGGGACCAUCAAGAGACCCUUAGGGAGAACCGUGAGGGUGGCAGUUGCAGCCCAUUCCCUUCCCCAGAACCUAAAGACCUUUCUUGUCAGCAUCAACCAUACCUUUCAGAUAUGGACAGCAAUGCUGUGGUGAAGGGAAAGAACUCUCAUGUGCCUGAUGGCCACGCUAAAGGAAGCCCUCUCGUGGGCAAGGAGCUUAGUUUAGACGAAGCAUUCCCUGACCAGCAGAAUGGCAGUGCCACAUAUACCUGGGACCAGUCACCCUGUUCCUCUCCUAAGUGGGAGUGUGCAGAGCUGAUUCAUGAUUUCCCCUUACCAGAACAUCGUUCUAGUAGUGUGUUUAUCUCGGAAACUGAGAGAGAAGCUAUGGCUCUGGGUCAGGAAAAUCGGACAAGUACUGUCAAUGAUGACAGAAUAAAACUGUCAGAGUCUGGGGCAGAUCAGUCUGUAAGUAGUGUAGAUGGGCCUGUGUCUGAAGAGACUGUUCAAAAUGAGAGCUCAUGCCAGAUGGAUGAGGAUGGAUCAUUCAAGCAGAACAUUCUUAGUUCUAAGUUGCUGGACCACCCUUACUGUAAAAGUCCACUGGAGGCUCCUCUGACGUGCAGUGGACUCAAACUAGAAAAUCAAGUGGGAGGUGGGAAGAACAGUCAAAAAGCCUCUCCAGUGGAUGAUGAACAGCUGUCAAUCUGCCUUUCUGGAUUCCUAGAUGAGGUUAUGAAGAAGUAUGGCAGUUUGGUCCCACUCAGUGAAAAAGAUGUCCUUGGAAGAUUAAAAGAUGUCUUUAAUGAAGACUUUUCAAAUAGAAAACCAUUUAUCAAUAGGGAAAUAACAAACUAUAGGGCCAGACAUCAAAAGUGCAACUUCCGCAUCUUCUACAAUAAACACAUGCUGGAUAUGGAUGAUCUGGCAACCCUGGAUGGUCAGAAUUGGCUGAAUGACCAGGUCAUUAAUAUGUACGGUGAGCUGAUAAUGGAUGCAGUCCCAGAAAAAGUUCACUUCUUCAACAGCUUUUUUCAUAGACAGCUGGUAACCAAAGGAUAUAAUGGAGUAAAAAGAUGGACUAAAAAGGUGGAUUUGUUUAAAAAGAGUCUUCUGUUGAUUCCUAUUCACCUGGAAGUCCACUGGUCUCUCAUUACUGUGACACUCUCCAAUCGAAUUAUUUCAUUUUAUGAUUCCCAAGGCAUUCAUUUUAAGUUUUGUGUAGAGAAUAUAAGAAAGUAUUUGCUGACUGAAGCCAGAGAAAAAAAUAGACCUGAAUUUCUUCAGGGUUGGCAGACUGCUGUUACAAAGUGUAUUCCACAACAGAAAAAUGACAGUGACUGUGGAGUAUUUGUGCUCCAGUACUGCAAGUGCCUCGCCUUAGAGCAGCCUUUCCAGUUUUCUCAAGAAGACAUGCCCCGAGUGCGGAAGAGGAUUUACAAGGAGCUGUGUGAGUGCCGGCUCAUGGACUGAAACUCAGCAGGGACUCUGGGAAGUCUGACCAAGUUGGAGCAGAUGGUUUGUUACUUGAAUCUCCAAACACUUAUUUGAAUUUUUACAGAUAUUUCAGAUCAGUGGUGUUGGGCCACUCUUGUUACCUCAAAUUUAUUUUUUGCCCUUAUUCAUUUCUCCAGCUACCAUGUACUAUUUUUUAAUGUUCAGUUUGGUUUCAUUUUUAAUUUUAUGGAUUCUGUGUGUCUCUCCCCUCCCCCAUAUUUAAUAUUUAUUAUCCAAACGCAUGCAUAUAGACAGAGCAUGCAGUGCAGAGUAUUAAAAAAACAAAACAAAAAAAAAAAACGCCUAGUAGAUUUGGUGCAGCUUUUGAAACUUAGCUAGAUGUGAACUGAAUACAGGUUCAAAUUUUAAUUCCAGAACCUAAAAAUGCAGGAUGUUUUUGAUACAACAUAACUGAGAAUAGUAGAUGUUCCCUGGGGCAUAAAGAGUAGCUAGGAGGGGUUUUGACAAAGCCAGUCGUUUUGUCUUUACCAGCAGGACCUUUCACUGACUUCCCUCUCCAGGAGAGUCGCUUUCCUUUUGAAGGGUGAAAAGGAAGUGGCCAUAAACUGACUGGAGUGUUUACGUAGGCACACUUGUAAGCGCAGUACCUGCUGUGGGAAGAGUUGAUUAAGGUAUGAGAAAAAGACAGUGACCUUGGGGGUCCAGUCAAUCUUCACACAAGAGAGAUUUCAAUCCUGGUUUUAAAAAGAACAAUAAUAAAUGCUUUAAUCUUAUAAAGGCUUUUGCUGGAAGGCUGAAUUCCGUGGAUUUCUUGUUUUUGACCCAUUAAAAAAAAAAAUCUGUCAAACUAGUGGUCAAACAAAUGAGAACCCAGCCUUUCUAAGAGUAAUUUACAAGUUGUCACUUUCCUUGUAUUGUUUCCUUUAUGGAAGAAAUUAAGAUUUGCCAAAUAUCUUUCUAUUUCAAGGAUAUUUAAAAUAUAGACAUUCAAAACCGAAGAUUGACUUCAUGUCUUUUGCAGGUGGAUGGGAAGGGGAAAACAAGAAAGGUAAUUAGGAAGACUUGAUUCUGCCAGGAGUACAGCAAAUGUUUUGAUUUUUCCCCCUCUUAUUUCUUUAGUGAUCUCAGCGACGUGCAGGGCUCAUUUGGCCUCCACUUGACCAACCCUGAGAUUCCAGCACAGGGGUCCUUUUUUUUUUUUUUUUUGCUUCCAUGAACCUCAUCUUCUGGGGAAAGGCAUUAGUGGCCCUGUCCUCAACCUUAAUUGCCUUAGGAUUAAAGUAAUGGAUCUUGCAUCUUUAGCUUUUUGUAGUAUUGGAAAAUAUAAAUAAGGAAAGAUGCAUGUUAAACUAACCAAUUAUCUUUUCUGAACUAGGACAGUUUUGAAAAACAAAUAUAAGAAACUCAGUAGCUUAUACAGAAAAAUACCAAGUAAAUGGCAGAAGAUACUUGGAUUUAUGCCUAGUUAGGUGUGGGGUGUUGAAACUAAAAAGCUCUAAUUAAGGGUGGCGUCAGAACAUGUUUACAUGCAGGGUUCCUUCCCCAGACAUUCCAAGCACCAGUACCAGUGUUUACAUUGUAAACAGCCCAGCACUUUUCUAGUCCCCUAGACUAAAACUCUUUAGUACAAAACCAGGUCAGUAUUUAUUGUGCUUCAACUCAUUAAAAAGACUGAGAUUAGAGGCAUUUUGUGCUGCUACAGGUAGGUUUGUGUCAGCAUUAGUCAAGGUGACAAAGUGAGUUGGGUGUCUUCUUGAGGUUUUCAGGCAUAGUUAUGCAAACAUGAGAUUUUUCAAAUCUGUAUGCAAGAUAUUUGCCUAGUUUUCUUUCUUGGUAACUAAGCUAUCAAUUAAAAAUGUCUUAUACUUUAGAGCUCCGUAUCUCACUUCCUGACAGAACCACGCAUGCAGAAGAGACAGAAUUAUGUUCUGGCAAGAAUCUUAAGGCCCAAAGCUCGACUUAACCAUUUCCUGUAAUCUGAGAGUGGUCAUGCUGUCAGCAGGGAGGCAUGCAAGGAUGAGCAGAACCUACAGUGAGCUGUCCCAACUCUAGGGUCUCUCUCUAUGUCCAGUUUCACAGGGCACCUUGAGGUGCACCGUCCAGCAUGCUUCAGCCUAAAUGUCAAAUAUUUUAAGUCUGGUUCAAAUGUUUCUGUUCAUAAAACUUGGUUUUAGCACACAUAGUUGGUUUUCCUCCUUCUUGUAAUUAGGUAUAAAACUUCUAUUUAGGCCAAGUCCUACGUUAGAAUGGCAUUUGUCCUGAUGUUUGCAAUAAUUGCUUCCUUGCAACGUUUUUGAAAUUAUAGUCUGGGCUGUUGGUAUAGACAGUUAUUGUUUUACUGUCACUAGCUUGGCACUGAAUUGUCUUGAGUGCCCACAAGGUGGGCAGACCUUAUGCUUUUGGGGUUGAGGGCAGGCCUUGUACAAACUGAAAGCUGCUUAUGAUGUGCCUUCAACAAGCUGCUCAGUCCUCUCCGUCAGCAAACUUACUAGUCUAGUUGCUUUUUUCCUUUUGUUAAAUCUUUAGCAGUGAGUGUAGAUUUUAGUUCAACUUUUAGUUAAAUUCUCUCAAAAAUCAUAGAGAACCAACCUUCUCUUAAGGAAGGGAGCCUCUUAAGGAAAGGAAAAGCAGCAGUUGCUGCCAGUAGUCCCUGAAUCUUUUUUUUUUUUUUUUGGGCUUUGCAUUUUAUUUUCUACUUAUCAUUGAAUAUUAUUAACACUGGUCAUCUUGAAUUCAUAAUUGGAACAAAACAAUAACAGACCUAACAGGGACACAGCCAGCACUAGCCUAAGUUGAGCUGCCCUUUCUCUCUGUAGUUGUGGUUCAUGACUUCCCUGGGUUAGAAGAAAUAACUGGGAGCUCUGGGUGGAUCAGACCCUUCAGGCGAGAACCAGUGUGUUAAUAGUGUGAAUUAGAUAUACUGACUACCUGCUCUGCUUGUUAUGAAACUGAACUAAUCAGCAGUUAUAAAGCGCAUACUUUAUGUGCUAGGCUCUGCCUCCCAGCCUGUAGAUAAUUAAGAUGACCUAGGGAAUACCACCAGAAGUGCUAAAUGUAUUUGGACUUUAAGCAGACCUAGACAAGCUGUCCACUUAAAUGGUACCUUUUGGUCAGAAAAAGAAUUUAUUUAAAGAUUGUGAUCAUGUAAAAUUACUCAAACCUUCUAGCAAAAAUAUUUUUUUGAAAAAUAAACUAAACACCUUUAUAAA